CCCGCGCCGGCCCCGCUCCGCGCCAGCCCGCGGCCGCCGGAGCCGCCGCAGCCAUGGAGGAGCCCGCGGGGGCCGCGCCGCCGCCCGGCCUGCGCUCGCUCCUGCCGCCCCGGGAGCUGCUCCGCUCCCGCAAGGGCCAGCUGCUGCUCGCCGAGGCGGUACUGUCAUUUAUCAUCUUUAUCUGCUACAUUGCAUCUCUAGCUGCCUCUUUCAUGAUGGCACCACUCCUAGAGUUUCUGCUGGCGCUGUUUCUCUUUUUCGCCUACGCCUCCAAACUCAAUGAGAAGUUUAAAGGACUGCACUGGCCGCUGGCGGACUUCCUCCGCUGUGUCUCUGCUGCCAUCAUUUACUUUGCCAUUUCCAUUGCUGCUGUCUCAAAAUACAGCGACGGAGCAUCCAAAGCAGCAGGGGUGUUUGGGUUUGUGGCCACCAUCGUGUAUGCCAUUGAUUUCUACCUAACCUUCAAUGACCUGGUGACUUUUCUCAAGCAAGGCAGUUCUGAUGCCCCUGAAGGGCACAAGUCAGAAGAUGAGAACUCUGAUUCUGACUCAGACUGAAGAACCAAAGAUCAGCCAAGUGUGAAGGGAAGAUGGUCAAGCACUUUCCUCUGCUGAAUGCACUGCCAGCUGAAACAUCUCCCUCACUUCAGCCUCAGUAUCCUCUUUCCACCUCACUGUGGAAUCACCAAAGCACAGACAGGGCAGUGAUGUGGAACAGCAGACAAUUCCCAGUGCCAUCAUCAGACACUCCUCAGAACUACAGAUUCUGCAGUAGGUCAGCCUGCCCCAGAGGUCUGUAGGCCAACAGCACAUCUCAGUUGUCCCUCCUCGCUCAGCACAAGGUCCUGAGUCCACAGGGAUGUGGUAUUUAGACACAUUAAGUAGAGCCUUUAAUAUACUUUCUUCAUUCCAAAUCUUUUAACACUUAGAGCUUUUAUACUGCUUGCUGUGCCAAAGAAGAGAGGCUUGGAGUGCCUCCACUCUGUUUGUAUUUUUCUUAACUAUCUAACAGUAUUUCUGUAUCUGAAGUCUGACUAUUCCACUCUCAAGCAUUGAAUGUGUAGGUUGUAGCUAACAUGUUGGUUUCAAUACAUUUACAUCUCCUGCCUACCUGCAACAAGAAAAAGUGACAACUGGAAGCCUGCAGCAAGAACAAACCUCAAGAGCGUCACUGUGCCACAAGGUAGCUGGUUCAUUGUUCACUAUCACUUCUUUAAGCUGCUUGGAUGGGGUCACAUCCCAUCUUCUGCAAUUUCCAUCCCAGAUAGGAGGCAGAACAUCAUCUCAGCAGACCCCUUCCUACCAUUGCCCUUGCACCUGUUUGCAGAUACAGGCAAGGAAGGUUUGCCAAAUAGCAGCUAACAGCAUCCACCCAGCAAAGCCUGCACAAGGCAGCACUGUGUCUCAUGCUCUGCGUUGUAAACCCUGGUCCAGAAGGAGCAGUAGUGCUGGGUUCACAAAACAGAGCUGCUUCUGUAAAACUCAGGAUACCUGGGCCCCAGGAGGGCAACACAUCCUUCCCACUGUGAAAAGGCAAAAACCAACCUCUAAACUAAAGGAUGGCUGCAAGGAAAUUCAUGUUCCCAGCCCCCUGCUUUGGUGCCUGUCUGCAUUUUGGUUUGGUUUGAUUAAUCUGGGUUUUUUUCCCCCAGAAGGAUGUUUCAGAGUUGUUUCAGUUGGAAAAGACCUGGGCAGCCUGGUCUAGCAGGAGGUGUCCUUGCUCACUGCAGGGGGGUUGGACAAGAUGACCUUUGAGGGUCCCUUCCAACCUGAUGCAAUCUGAAUCAUCAACUCCAACCAUCAACCCAACACCACCAUGGCCAUCAAACCAUGUCCCCAGGUGCCAUGUCCAUACAUUGCUUGAACACCACCAGGCUCAUGACUUUAGUAUUCUGGUGACAAAGCCUUCUGAAUUUACAAGAAAGUAUUUUGAUGGGUACCACAACCUACCUUGAACUAUUUGUGUCCACCUCUAAACACAAACUGCUUGGCAAAGGCAGGACAUGCUCCUUAUGCAUGGCAUCAGGCAACCUGGAGACACUUCCAAAAAACCACAGAGCACCAGAACAGGCCUCAGCAAACAGCAACUGACAUGAAAGCAGAAUGUAGCAGCAGAGGGGCAGAACAACAAAGGCAGAAUUGCCCCUUGGGCUCCAGUUCCCUGCCAGCAGCUGGCUGCUAAGGGCAGAGCCCAGUUCCUUGUCACAGCAAGCAGGUGCUUGGGAAGGUGCUGGCCAGGUUCAGAGUUGUCUACAGGCAGCUCUUACAUCUCCUGUUUCCACACCACUGAAGGAAAUGAGAGCAAAACAAAUGGUUGCUUUGAAAUGUGACAAAUCAUCUUUGGUUUUUUUAAGGCAGAGCUCUAGGGCAGAGCUUCUCCUCUCUGAAAUUCCACCUUUUUUGCUUCUCUAUUGUCAUAUUUUACUGACAGGCACUGUGAUGCCAGGGGACCUGGGCUCAGUUUUAUAUUCCAUUGGUUUGUAUUUCUCUUUUUUGUUUUAAUUAAAGUAUGUACUGCAUGUCACAGCUGCAAACUAGUGCAUGGUUAAUAUUUAGAAACCAUGAUGGA